AUGAAGACUCGAUGUGUGUCAUUUCUUUGUCUAGCUCUCGUACUUCUUGUUCAAGGACAAGACAAUCCUGAUUUCAUAAGUAUCGACUGUGGCGCACCGAAUGAUUACAUUGAUAAUCUUCUCAACAUAUCCUACAAGACUGAUGCCGGAUUUGUAGACUCCGGACAGGUCAUGCAAGUCCCUAGUAAUUUCAUCUACAACAACAUGCAACAAUUGAAGAACUUGAGAAGCUUUCCUAAUGGUACUAGGAAUUGCUAUACUCUUCGACCACGGCAAGGCAUGAACAAAAAGUAUUUGAUUAGGGCAACCUUUUUAUAUGGGUAUUAUGAUAAUAAAGGAAUGGCCCCGGAGUUCGAUUUGCACGUGGACACAAACUAUUGGCACGAGGUGAAAUCGCCGAACUACGUGUGGAGCGAAAUCAUUUAUGUUGCCCCAAGAGAAUACAUACAAGUGUGCCUAUUGAAUAAGGGUACAGGAACACCUUUCAUUUCGGCUCUGGAGUUGCGACUCUUGGACAGCAUGACUUACCAUAUUGAUUCGGGUGCUCUAGUGAUCAAAUGGCGAGAGAACGUCGGAUCAUCCGUCACAUAUAGGCACCCACAAGAUGACUAUGAUCGCAUUUGGGCUGCCAAAGAGUAUGACGGUAUGACAUCAAUUACCAACACCACGGUCUUUGACCUAACGAGCGGCAACGAUGCUUAUGAUGUUCCAGCCGAAGUGCUGAUGUCCGCACAACAAGUGAACACAAGAAAGACUUCCUGGCCGUCCAAUCCCAACGAAGCCUGGUACAUCGUCUUGCACUUUGCCGAGAUCCAAGUUCUCCAACCAGGCCAAGUGAGGGAGUUCACCGUGUACAUGGAAGACGGGUCGACCCCCCCCACGCUCAGGCCUCGGUACUCGACCCCGGCAACCGUUGUUUCGUUACCCAUCACAGGUCGGACCAGGAUCAACUAUGAUUUCUACAACACGUCCCAGUCCACCCUCCCUCCAAUCAUGAACGCCCAGGAGAUUUUUAACAUCAUUAAUCUACCAAUCUCUCAAACGGCACUCAAUGACGUCAACGCGAUGGUCAACAUAAAGAUAUCAUAUGCAAUAGUACGAGAUAGCUGGCAGGGCGAUCCAUGCGCUCCACCAGAUUAUUUGUGGAAAGGAUUGAAUUGCACUUACGGUAGUCCUCCAAGGAUCAUCUCAUUGAAUUUGAGCUCCAGCAUGUUGAAAGGGGGUGUAUCCGAUUCCUUCUCCAAUCUCACUGCUUUGGUCACCUUAAACUUAAGCAACAACAAUCUUAGCGGUGUGAUUCCUCAUGCCCUCAUAAAGAAGAUGGCAGAUGGAACAUUGAAGUUGAGUGUAGAUGGAAAUCCACAUUUGCCUCAAGUAUAUGUGUCCGAGAACAAGAAGAAAUGGAUUGUGCCGGUCAUUUCUUCAUUUUUUCUUUUUGUUGACGCAAGAGAGCCAAAUGAGGGUACGCUCGAAAUGAUAAAGAAACCAUUUAAAUACAACGAAGUCUUGCGCAUCACUGAGAAUUUUAAAGUGGUGAUUGGAGAAGGAGGAUUUGGGAAAGUCUAUCUUGGAACUCUUGAUGAUGGCUCUAAAGUUGCGGUGAAAUUGCUCGGCCAGUCCUCACGGCAAGAUGUUACUACUAUUGCUACGACUACCAACUCUAACAGAGGAUCUACUAGGACAUUAAGGUUGUCAAAAAAUCGACAUUUUACAUUCACUGAGGUUACAAAAAUUACUGAUAACUUUACAACAGUAAUUGGAGAGGGAGGAUUUGGGAAAGUUUACUUCGGCAAACUUGACGAUGGCACUGAAGUUGCAGUAAAAAUGUUAUCUCAAUCAUCAAAGCAAGGCUACAAGGAGUUUCACACAGAGGCGCAACUCCUGAUGGUCGUUCACCAUAGAAAUCUGGUUUCACUUAUCGGACAUUGCGAAGAAUUUGAAAACAUGGCGCUGAUUUAUGAAUUCUUGUCCAAUGGAAAUGUUCAACAACAUUUGUCAGCAAAAAACCCGAAUGUUUUGAGUUGGAGCCAGAGACUACAAAUCGCAAUCGAUGCAGCUCAAGGGUUGGAGUACCUGCAUAAUGGCUGCAAACCUCCCAUUGUCCAUAGAGAUUUAAAGACGCCCAAUAUUUUACUAAACGAAAGCAUGCAAGCGAAGAUUGCCGAUUUUGGAUUAUCGAAGGCAUUUGUAACAGAGCAUGAUUCUCAUAUUACAACUCGCCCAUCGGGAACGCCUGGUUAUCUCGAUCCCGAGUUUCAUACAUCUGGAAACUUGAGCAGGAAGAGCGACGUGUACAGCUUCGGCGUAGUUUUAUUCGAGUUAAUCACUGGCCUCCCCGCCAUUAUAAGAAGUCCAGAGGGCAGCACGCACAUAGUUCACUGGGUGACUCCACUCAUAGAAAGAAGGGACAUCCAAAGCAUUGUUGACCCGAGGUUAAAUGGCCAAUUCAGCAUCAAUUCUGCAUGGAAAGCGGUGGAAAUAGCCAUGUCGUGUGUGCCGACGACAGCGGUCCAAAGACCAGACAUAAACCGUGUUCUGUGGGAACUAAAAGAAUGCUUGACGGCAGAGAUCGAUUCAGGAAGAAGCCAAAGAAUGGGAUAUAGUAAGAGGAAGAGGGAGCCUUUUGAGAUGACCAUAAUUGACGGUGAUAUUGCUCCAAGUGCUCGUUAA